AUGGCCCUGUCGUCCCCUGCGACGUCCAUACUUGAGCUACUUACGCACCCAAAUCCAUCCGUCAGCCAUCAAAUACCUAAGAGCAAGACAAACUCUCGAAGUCCCCACUAUCACUGGCCUAGACAAAUAAAGAGAUGGGAAGAACUCGAAGAUGUUAAUAUUUUAAAAAAUGUCUUUGGUGGAGUUUUGCUGAAAGAGGCAUGUCGCAGAGGCCGAACUCUUGACCCAUACCCCAGAGUUCACUCACAGGCUGACUGCGUCAUACGUAAUGAGGAUGAUACCAGAGAUCUAAUCAACAAGUGGAACAAAUCGAUUGUUACUGCCGCCCUUGAUCCCAUUCAGGAUCUUUUCCAUCCAGUCAUCUGGCGCAAAGGGGAUCCCCCAUCAGGCAAAGAGGCAUUUCUCCCUCCUCCCCAAGAGCACGGAAAGCAGCGCCAUCAGCCAGUACGCAAACAGUCUUCGAAGACGACACAUACAAGAUUACAAUCAUUGUCAAGAUUGAAACCAGAUUCUGGGUCUAUUGCACCGAUCCCGAUCUUAUCUAAAGCUGGGAAUACAACCAUCUCUACUUGUCAGGAGAGAUUUCCAAAAGAGUACAAGAUCUCCACAAAAUGGAAGAGUGAACGUAUUUUCAAAGGCGGACUUCUCGAUGAUUCUGGGAGCUUCAUUAAAGGAAAGACAUCUGAUAAUUCUGCUUGGCCUAUUAGACAGGCCUACACUUAUUGCAUUCAGCAUAUGUGCCGAUAUGGAUGUAUCUUGACUGCUGAGGAAGCUUUCAUAUUUCGCAUCAUGCCGCGAGAGGACAAAUCCAACAACAAUUCACAAAACAUUAACUUGCUAAGAAACGAGCUCAUCAAUAAUGGGCUUAUGGAAUAUGUCUCCAUUCCCUGGGGAAACUACAGUCAAGGUCAGAGACGAUCCCUCGACGUCUGGACCGUUAACCUAGCACUUUGGUUUAUGCACAUCCUAGCGGGAAAUAAUUUUGAGGUUGAGUGGAGUUAUGCUGAUCUGACAGCUGAGACCUUGGUCGCUGCUCAGCCGGUGGACGCUGAUGAUCAGCCAAAAGCAAUUUCUUCUAGUACGGCGCACUCCGAUAAUGAUGGACAGCAUGUAGGGGGAGAAGAUGAAAACGGAUCAGUUACUUCGGAAGAGACUGAAAUCUUGUACUCGUCUACUACAAAGCGAAAGCGGGACUCAGACGAUGACAGCGACUUUGAGGGCAUUCAUCUUUCAUUUAACAAGCGUCAAUUCGUAUAG